UCUAACCUUUUGAUUUAUAUUUCCUUUAGUUCAAUACUAUUUCGAUUGGUGUAACGAUUUCACGUACUUUUAUUAGCUGUCUGUUUGAAAAUUGAUUAAUCGACUCGCCUUCUUAUAAAUGCAAAGCCCCCAUAAUCCCAUUUCCUCUUUGGAAAAAUGGCAAAGAGUUACUUCAAGCAAGAGCACGAUCUUGAGAAGAGGCGUGCUGAAGCUGCUAGGAUUAGGGAGAAAUACCCUGAUAGGAUUCCGGUUAUUGUGGAGAAAGCGGAGAGAAGUGAUAUCCAAAGCAUCAACAAGAAAAAGUAUCUUGUUCCAGCUGAUCUGACAGUGGGACAAUUCGUCUAUGUCAUCCGCAAAAGGAUUAAACUGAGUGCAGAAAAGGCAAUCUUUAUAUUCGUGGAUAAUGUUCUUCCCCCAACAGGUGCAAUCAUGUCUGCUAUAUACGAGGAGAAGAAGGAUGAAGAUGGGUUUCUCUAUGUUACUUACAGUGGCGAAAACACAUUUGGGCACUAGAGCCUACUGUAGCCAUUGAUCUUUUACUUGCACUUUUUUUUUUUUUUUUAAAUAUUUUUUCACCAUAUUUCAUUUUCCUGUUGCCAUCAUCAUUGCCUUAUUCAAUGUAAUUUCGAGUAUUUUGCGUACAUGCAAAAACCUAGCUUCUAUUUUUAUUCCAUCCAAAGUAUAUAUAUGUGCAGGUUGAGAAA